AUGCUUUCAACAACAUCAUUACGGCAAUAUGCCCUUCUCGCAGCAGGCGUGUUCUGUUUAGGAGCUUGGCAACCCGUCCUGGGUGCACCAGUAGACGCCCUAUACGUAGUUGGCAGAGCCGAAAAGGUCCUGAAGCCGAAGCUCGACACCGAAUUUCCAGACCCAGCCCUUGUUCAGGGUGACGACGGGCUCUGGUACUCCUUCGCGACGAACGGCAAUGGCAAGAACAUCCAAGUAGCAAAGGCCACCCAGAUCUCAGGCUCGUGGGAGCUGCUCGACAACGAUGCCCUUCCCAAUGUCGGCUGGGCCACGGGCUCCAACACCUGGGCUCCCGACGUGAGGCGGCUCGACAACGGGUCCUUCAUCAUGUACUACUCGGGCGAGGUCAAGGACGGCGGUGGACGACACUGCAUCGGCGUGGGUAUCUCCGACAUCGUCACUGGGCCUUACAAACCAACGUCGGAGCCGUGGGUGUGUCCCUUUUCGGAGGGCGGCGCCAUCGACGCCGCGGGCUACUACGACGAGCCCACCAAGAAGCGCUACGUGGUGUACAAGGUGGACGGCAACAACGUGGGCCACGGCGGCGACUGCAACAACGGCGUCCAGCCCUUGGUCGACACGCCCAUCAUGCUGCAAGAGGUCGAGGCCGACGGCACCAGCAAGGUCGGCGACUCGGUGCAGAUCCUCAGCCGGACGGCGGCCGACGGCCCGCUGGUGGAGGCGCCCAACCUGGUGCGCACCGAUGACGGGCUCUACAUUCUCUUUUUUAGCAGUUUCUGCUUCAACUCGGACAAUUACAACGUUAAUUACGCGACCAGCAGGGAUAUCAAGGGCCCCUACCAGCGGCCGUCGAGGAUGCUGCUCAAGACGGGCGACUUCAACCUCACGGCGCCGGGCGGCGCGACGAGCGUCGCAGGGGGCGGAGAGAUGCUGUUUCAUGCCAAUUGUCCCGAUAAGGCGCCCCAGCGAUGCCUCUAUCAGACGAGCUACUCGGUUACCGGCAGAGAGGUAAUCAUCAGUUAG